AUGUCGGCUCAUUCGCUCCUCAUAAACUCACUGCUCCGCCCCCGUUCCAAUUGUCGACUUUCAUCUCAAGUUCGGCACCUGGCAACACCGUCGGCCUCAACGCCGAAGUCAAAGUCCAGCUUCCGGGAAACGCUGGUCUCUGGACCAUCACUAGACGACUUCAUCUCAGGAGAACCCAUAGAACAUGUAGUGCUCGGGAACACCAAAGGACCUCGGCUGCCUAACUUUCUAAAGACAAAGAUACCCUCGGGAGCAUCUUUUAACAAGAUCAAGAAGGACUUAAGGGGACUCGGUCUUCAUACUGUAUGUGAGGAGGCGCGAUGUCCUAAUAUUGGUGAUUGCUGGGGUGGAAAAGAAGGUGCAACUGCUGAGGAGGGCAAGAGGGCAGCAACGGCUACGAUCAUGUUGAUGGGAGACACCUGCACUCGUGGCUGUAGAUUCUGCUCCCCUGAGAAUACAGCAGAGGCCAUUAGUCGAUGGGGGCUGGGAUACAUAGUGCUCACUAGUGUUGACAGAGAUGACCUUGUAGAUGGUGGUGCACAUCACUUCGCAGAGACUAUUAUGAAGAUUAAGCAAAAGGCGCCUCAGAUUCUUGUGGAAGCAUUAACAGGAGAUUUUGCGGGCAAUUUGGAAAAUGUCUCUCUCGUGGCUAAGUCCGGCCUAGACGUUUAUGCACACAAUAUCGAGACUGUGGAGGAGUUGACUCCCUUCGUGCGCGACCGCCGUGCAACUUUCCGGCAGAGUCUGAAGGUGCUUGAAUACGCGAAGAAGGAAGGUGUUCGCAUCACCAAGACAAGUAUCAUGCUUGGUGUCGGCGAGACAGAAGAGCAGGUCAUGGAUGCUUUACGAGAACUUCGCAAAAUUAAUGUCGAUGUUGUAACCUUUGGGCAAUAUAUGAGGCCUACGAAGCGACAUAUGAAGGUUGACCGAUAUGUGGAACCUUCUGAGUUUGACCGGUGGAAACAAAUAGCUGAUGACAUGGGUUUCGCGUAUGUGGCCAGCGGUCCUCUCGUCCGCAGUAGCUACAAGGCCGGUGAAUACUUUAUAGAGAAUAUGUUGAAAGGAAAGGCCACAGAGAACAAAGUGAAGAAUCUCGUUACACAAGAAGCGUCUAUAAGCCAUACCCAGACGACAUGA